UCACUAUAAAACCUGCCUCUGUUGGUAUAGCAUACACGCUAUUGACAUUUUAUUUUAUUCAAUGCAUAUUUUAAAGUUCUGAACUAGAAUUGAAAAAAUGAAGAUGAGACAUAAAAUUGUCUUAUGGUUUGUAAUUAUUCAAUCUCACUUAGGAACAUCUGUUCAAACGAGGAGUGAUCCGAAUUCACAUGAAAUAAAAUGGGUGAUUGAAAGAAUAUGGGAUUAUAUGGAAGUUAAAGUCGAGGAAGAAGGGCCGGUCAAAGGACAAGGUAAAGGUUUCACUACUAAAGCAACGGUACUACCAAUUGUACCUUCAUCAGAGCGUGCAAACAUGUUGCAAUGGCUAAAGGACAAUCCAGAAUCGAAUACAAAUGUUGAAGAAUACAAAAUUUCAAGAAAGAGAUUUUCAAGUUUGAUGGCACACCUCAUGGAUGAACGAGAAUUAAAAAGAUUACGGUGGCGUCUAGUAAAUUCAUCCUAAGCAAUUGUGGAUAAUACUUUUUCAGAAUAUGGCAGUCAGUGAUAAGUCUUAAUAACCGUAUUUUCACACAAUUUGUAACAAAUUUUUAAUAUUUGUAAACAAAAUAAAUCAAAGAUAGAAAUAAAUGUUGAUAUAAUACUA